CCCUACUUGCCUGGAGAUACACCUGCUGGUCUUAGAUUUUUGAGGGAAAAGGAGCUGAGGAAUCUCAGAGGCGAUGGAAAAGGAGUUAGAAACUUGUCUGAUAGAAUAUAUGACUUUGAUACAUACAAUGAUCUUGGAAACCCAGACAGAGCACCUGAGUUUGCAAGACCAACAAUUGGAGGAUCUGAGCAGUAUCCAUACCCAAGACGGUGUCGUACUGGCCGUCUCCCAUCUGACACUGACAUGUUUGCAGAGAGCCGUUUAGAGAAACCAAAUCCGAUGUACGUCCCGAGGGACGAACGAUUUGAAGAGUCUAAGCAGAACACAUUUUCUGUGAAGAGACUCAAGGCUGUUCUCCAUAACUUGAUUCCUGGGCUUAAAGCUAGUAUCUCUGCUGACAAUCAAGAUUUCAAUGAUUUCUCAGAUGUUGAUGGUCUUUACAGUAAAGGGUUACUGAUUCAGUUGGGUUUACAAGAUGAUGUUUUAAAGAAACUUCCUUUGCCAAAUGUGGUUAGCAAGAUCCAGGAAUCAAGCCAGGGACUUCUUAAAUAUGACACUCCCAAGAUUAUAUCCAAGGACAAAUUUGCGUGGCUGCGAGAUGACGAAUUUGCCCGCCAAGCAAUUGCAGGAGUCAACCCUAUUGGCAUUGAGAGGCUUCAAGUUUUUCCACCGGUUAGCAAGCUUGACCCGCAAAUAUAUGGUCCCCAAGAGUCUGCUCUUAAAGAAGAGCAUAUUCUAAACCAACUCAACGGCAUGACUGUGCAACAGGCAAUAGAUGAAAAUAAGCUGUUCAUAAUAGAUUAUCAUGAUGUUUACCUUCCAUUUCUUGAAAGGAUUAAUGCACUUGAUGGUAGAAAAGCAUAUGCUACACGCACAAUCUUUUUCUUGACACCGCUUGGUACUCUCAAGCCUGUGGCUAUAGAACUUAGCCUGCCUCCGGCCGGGCCAAGUUCCCGGUCCAAACGCGUAGUCACACCUGCCAUAGAUGCAACUACCAAUUGGAUGUGGCAGCUUGCUAAGGCGCAUGUUUGUGCCAAUGAUGCCGGGGUGCACCAACUUUACAACCAUUGGUUACGCACACAUGCUUGCAUGGAACCAUUUAUUUUGGCUGCUCACAGGCAAAUGAGUGCUAUGCAUCCGAUUUUUAAGUUGUUAGAUCCACACAUGAGGUACACUUUGGAGAUCAAUGCCCUGGCUCGCCAGAGCUUAAUCAAUGCUGAUGGAAUUAUUGAGAAUUGCUUCACCCCUGGCCGCUACGCCAUGGAAAUUAGUUCUGCUUUCUACAAAAACUAUUGGCGUUUCGACAUGGAUAGUCUCCCUGCUGAUCUCAUCCGCAGGGGAAUGGCGGAACCAGACCCAUCCCAACCACAUGGCCUAAAGCUUGUAUUUGAAGACUACCCUUAUGCUGCGGACGGUCUUAUGAUCUGGUCAGCAAUUGAAAACUGGGUCCGCACCUAUGUGAACCAUUACUACCCACAUUCAAGCCUUAUAAUCAAUGAUAAAGAGCUUCAAGCAUGGUACUAUGAGUCAAUCAACGUGGGCCACGCAGAUCGCAGCCACGAGAGCUGGUGGCCCACGUUGAACAACAGUGAGAAUCUUGUCACCGUACUCACUACAUUGAUCUGGCUUGCGUCUGCUCAGCACGCUGCUCUUAACUUUGGCCAGUAUCCUUAUGGAGGGUACGUGCCGAAUCGUCCCCCGUUGAUGCGAAGAUUGAUACCGGAUGAGAGUGAUCCAGAAUAUGCCAGUUUCAUUGCUGAUCCACAGAAGUAUUUUCUCAACGCCUUGCCUAGUUUGUUGCAAGCUUCGAAAUACAUGGCCGUGGUGGACACUCUCUCCACUCACUCCCCUGACGAGGAGUACUUGGGAGAGAGGCAGCAACCUUCCAUUUGGUCCGGUGAUGCUGAGAUCGUCGAGGCGUUUUACGAGUUCUCGGCCGAGAUGAGACGGAUUGAGAAGGUCAUUGACGGAAGGAACCGGGAUAAGAAGCUGAGGAACCGGUGUGGGGCAGGAGUGUUGCCUUAUGAGUUGCUUGCACCAAGUUCUGAACCGGGUGUUACAUGCAGAGGAGUUCCAAAUAGUGUGUCCACGUAAAUUCCGGAAAUAAAUAAGAGUCAAGUCUCACAUCUUGAUAAAGAAUUAUGUUGGGCUUAAAAAGUUAGUAUUAUGGGAAACGGGUCUGUGGUCUAUGUGAAGCACUAGGCUUGCCUAAUUUGUAACUAGAUUGGAUUAAUGUUAGUAUAUAUUGGUUAUUGGUAAUAUACUCUAAGGUUAUAUAUAUCAUAUUUUAUUAAAUAAUAAAUAGAGUUCGGUGGUGUAUUAGUUAGA